AUGGCUGCUCCUUGGUUGGAGAACAUUAUUCACCAUGUCUUCCUGCCUCCAAAGCUUCCGGGAAGCGACGACGAGAGGCUGAACGAGUGGGAAACCUCGCUCACCCUUACCCUGACGAAUACUUUGAGAGACUUUGGCUCUUUUGGGUGGCAAGAGGCGGACUUGGCCUCUGUUAGAUUGGCAACUCAGGCCCUCACGAGGUUCCGAAGCUUGAACCCUGCGGGCUGGGUGAUUUCAGCGCGUGAUCUCAUGGCAGCGCUCAACAAACUCAGAAGUCAAGGUGAGUCGAUUUCCCUGGCAGCGUUCAUUGCUUUUAGCUGACACAAACGCCUUGUAGACUUUAUGGUUCCGCUAUACGUUGGAGCCCAAAAUGCCGGCAUAAUUAUUCGCUCGAGUGAGGAAGAUCUCAUUUUCGAAACAUUUGAACUUUCUCCGGCAAAUCAGUCCGUCUUCGCCAACAAUGGCCGCCUCCAAAGAGAUUUUCCCGCCGCCACGGUAUCUUUACCGCGUGAUGUGCUGGACGAAAAGGGCCUCCUCGUUUCUAUUUCCGCCUUGAUCGCAGAUAUGAGCACAAUGUCUGUACCAGAGAUGCAACCCACAAUCGUGAAGGCAAACGAGGUCCAGGCUGAGGAUCGUGACACAACUAAGCCACACAUUGUAACCCAGCUAUUGAUGGCUGCUUUGCGACCCUUCGGCGAAAUGCGCCGUAGACGCGUCAUUUGGAAGAACACACGUGAAGAAGUCAGAUAUGAACCCGGCAACGCAUUGCCCUGGAGGCGCUCACCGGUAUGGCUGUUGAUGAGAGUCGUCCUGCAGCUGACCCUCACCUACCAGUUAGUAACUCCUCCACUCAAUGAUUGCCUGUACAAAAGAUUUAUGGUGUACUUCAUGGCACGGCUCUUGAAGCUCUCAUUGGAGGCGGACCGUCCCAGUGAGGAUAUUUAUAUUAUGAACGCUAAAAUAACUCGCCGCCUUCGAAAGCUUGACAUUAAACAAGCUGAACCAUGGAUGGCGCCGGUGUGUGCCAUCGUAAGAGAUGCUACCGCAAAAUUAAACGAGCGGUGGCAAGAUGUUGUGCGACAAGACCUCAGACGUCUCGAGACUGCUAAUAUUUUCCCUUCGUCUCUCGACCAGGAAUGCAGACUUUCGCUUCCGAAGCUUGACAAUUUUCUUUCCCAAAUUCAGCAGCGUGCAACUAAUAUGGAAACCGACACAUUUAUUCCCUCAUCUAACAUAAUUCGUGUGUCAUCAAAUAAUAUUCCAUCGCUGCUUCAGGCCCAACACGGAGCGUAUAUGAUUUACAACCUUGUGGCAUUCGAAAAUUGGGUAGCUUAGUGCCUACCUAAUUGGAUCAAUAGCCACCUCGACGAUCAAAGCAGCUGUGCUCAACUAUACUCCGCCAUGAGGGAGUACUUUUGCAUUGCCGACAUUCAUUACAAGUCUCAACCGGAGGGCCAAUCCAUCAUGCUCCUAAUCCUGCUGGAGCUUUGGGUUGCUUGUGACAGCUCAGCGGUCGCCAUCUAUCCACUCUUGCUAGAUUAUGAUCCUGAGGUGCCAGCAGAAAUCUGCUCUUCGCUUUUGCUUCGUUUCCGAAGCCAAAUGAAACGGCUGUCUGCGAUCGAGAGAUACGUCCAUGAACGACGCCAAAAAGCUACAUACAAACGGACUUCCAUUUUCACCGUGUUUGGAACGAAGGAAACGUUUGCUGCUCGAUUCUAUGACUCCUCCUCCCAUCACCAGAAAUUACUGGACCGUGUCGAGUCCAGAGCUCGAGAGGAGCAGCAUGAAAAACGUCUCGAAUUUAGGAAGCUGGAAAAAAAGUACGAUAGCCUCAUUGCGGAAGCUGGAGUUUUGAGCCACAAAGAGAUCUUGGUCACUGACUCCUAUGGUGACCAACACCGGCAACAUUGUACUUCCUGCAAGAAGUGUUUGUUGGCCAAGCAAGCUGCUGAUAUGAAGAUACAAAUCCACGAAUGGCCUCUACCUAGUGAUGUUGUAAACGCCAAAUCAGUUAUAUUUGAGCUCGAUGUACCUUCCAGUUUUCGGCAUUGGCGCGACGGUACAUAUUUCCUCCGCAAACGUGUCCUCGGACCGCUCAGCAAUCCGGGUGCUUCCAAUCCAGUUUAUAUUCAUCCCUUGAACGAAUACCCGGCACUUACCGAAUUCAGGUCGGCGGACCCGGGGCAUCUCUAUCAAAAAGUAAUGCCAGCAUCGACAACCAAGCCCAAUACUGUCACUCAUCGUUCCGGGAAGAAAAUCUGCGACUCUCGUGAGGAUCAGAUAUGUCUUAGUAAUGGGAUGAAUUGGUCCUAUUUCGACACAGAGACGAAGACCUUCAUCGGCAAUAUCAGCCCAGACACCCGCAUUGCUGAGGCUUGCACAUUCUUGGUCCCCCGCACUCUGCAGAAUUUCUUAUAUCGGCCAUGGGAUCGCCCAGAUGGACUAGGCCCAAACAAUGUCAUUGCAAGUCAAUCGCUCUGCCCUGAUCACCUCUCAUUAGAUGAGUUCAAGGCUCUCUGCUCGCUACCUUUAGGCCAUAAGAUUAUCUAG